AUGGCGGUGCAGGAGCUCACGCUUCGCAUGAUCGUGUCCUCGCUCUUCGGCUGGCUCGCCCUCUCGACGACUUGUGCCGCUUUCGUGCCCGUCGUGGUCAUGAACGCUGCUCGCAUGCGAGUAAGCAGCUCACCAGCGUUCUUAUGGACUUGGUUAUACGGCGACAUAACCAACCUCCUCGGCGCCGUCUUGGGCAAACUUCCGCCCACUCAGCUCGCUCUCGCCAUCUGGUAUACGGCCGUGGACGUCACGCUGAUCAUACAGCUCCGAUUCUUCGGCCACCUCGACCCUCUCGCGCCAGACCCGAAGCCGACCAAGGUCUUCGUCAAACUGCAAGAACGUAAGAAGAAACACCCUCGUUGGUACAAGAUCACGGUCGCCUUCAUGUCGUUCUCCGCGUGGGACGACAUUAAGCUGCUGCUCUUCUGCAUCGCCGCUGGACUCGCCGCCGGCGGUAUCUACCUCACCCUCGGCCUGCACAACGACCCCGAGCACUUCGUCAUAGAGGAGCCGCGCGUAUUGGACCCCAAGUCGCUCGCUUUCGGCGUCGCGUCCGCCGCGACGUUCUGCAUCGCACGCUUCCCGGAGAUGAGAAGCGGAGAGAAUCGCUCGAAGGCAGGUAUCAAACCUCAGCAUGAGCUCGAUGACCCUCUCUUCUUCAACAUCUUGUCCAUCCUCAUCCUGUCCACGAACGGGCAGUACCUCCUCAUUCAAUCGCCUUGGCUCGGAGGCUCUGCCCUGUCCAUCGUCCUCGACGGCGUCCUGAUCUGGCGCAUUUCAGCCUGGCAGAAGCGAUGGAACGAGCGCAAGGGGUCGGAUGGCGAGACCGGUGCGGAGAAGGAGGCGGAACGAGCCGCGCGUCUCGCCAAGCUGGACGAGGAGAAGGCCCAGCUCGAGGAGGAAUGGGAGGUCGAGGACAUGCACGUGGAGGCGCACGCGCCGGUACCGAAACAGAGGGAGGGGGAGAGCAAGGCGGACUACAAGCGCCGCGUCCACGCACACGCCGUCGCUCGCAAGGACUACCUGGAGAACCAGCACCUCGUCGCCGACAUCAAAGCGCGUGGCGACCGCAGAGCUGGGAGGCGCGAGGAGGACGAGAAGGACGCCGACGAGGACGACUACGCGUCUGGAGCGCAAGAUCUCGACGACAGCCACGCCAGCAGCCGUCAUCGAACACGCUCAUCGAACCGUCACGAUCUCACUCGCGUCGACAGCGACGGCGACAGUGCACUCGGCCAUCUCCCCCUCCUCCUCUCCGGCGGCGGCGGCAGUAGGAAGCGACGGUCCACCGGCGGCCCGAAGCGCGUAUAG